AUGGCUCUGCUCAAUCCGACCUUCCUCUUCGGCGUCAUCGUCCUCCUCUACCUGUCCACCUUCAUCCUCUUCGCCGUCGUUCGAAUCCUCACCGGCGUAUCGAUACAGAGAAUCGGCUACUUUUCCCUGCGGAGACUCGCGUAUACCCCACGAGAUGGAUUCAAGAUUGAGGUUCGGGGCUUGGGGCUCAACGUCCACCGCCCAACCUUUGCCCAGCCCACGUGGCUGAGCGUCGUCAUCAGCGAGCUCACCGUUACGAUCGACAUUCGCGAACUCGAGGGGAAGAAGGGCGAGGACAGCUCGACCGAUUCCGACAGCAGCUCCGAUGCGGAGGAGGAGCCAGAGGCGCCGGCCGAACAGCAGCCAAAGGUGCCGCUGAUACGUCGAAAUGGCGGACCCCCGCCCCGGAGCGAGACCUGGAAGCACUUGAUGAAGGUCAAGGAGCGGAUGAAGAGGGCGCACCGCAAGCUCAACUGGCUGCGGAUGGUGGACGUCGUCGCCACAAACUCCACGAUCAAGGUCGUCGACGUAGGUGACGUCCAGUUCGGGAGCUUGACAGUCGCCGUCGACACGCGGCGCAAGAUGGUGGACCGCGCCCGCUUCUUCUUCCAGGCUCGCAACGACAAGAACAAGCAGAAACAGCGGCAGGCGGAGUGGAUCAUGACGCUGCGCAGCGUUCUGUUUACACCAGAAGGCAAGGAGUCUCUCGAAAUUCUCGACAAUGCGACGUUGAACAUACAUGGAUUUUUGUACGAAGCGCUGGACGGGCUGCGGGAUGCUGCGAUUGCCCUCAAGCUGGGCCGUGUUCAUAUACCGUACGAUGAUGUUCGCGUGUGCGCCGACCGCUUAAAGCAGUGCAAGUUGGCUGCGCGCUCGUCCACAUUGUCGGACGAGCCAGCCGACGUCUUCAUGGACAAGGUCAUACACGAGGUCGCGCAGCCUGGCAGUACCAACCAGGACCUGAUCCAGACCGUUUCUGAUUCAAAGGAGUUCGUCAGCUCAAUCUUGAGGGGCGUGAAGGAGGUCCAGUUUGCUGUCAGCUUUAUUGGCAUGACCAAAAGGGUGGAGUCCGUCAAGCCUAGUGCCAAGCCUGUCAUGUUGAAUGCGUCGAUGAAGGAAGUUGGUAUAGACUUGCACCGUUUGGAUCCCAAGUCUCCGUCACACAGGAUGUAUUUUCCGUCCAAAGAUAUCGCCCACGAAGCUCUCGCUGCGGCGCUGUCCAUCUCUGUCGGUGUCGACGAUGGCGACGGAAAACCUGAGCGGUUGAUUUACAUCCCCAUGGCGACAACGACUGUCAAGACGACGCUGCCGUCCAAGACUGUCGAGAUGGCGCAGGAUGUUGGAGCCGAGGAGAGAAAUGCAAACAUACUGUUCGCUAAUUCCGUAGUUACGUCCCCCUCGGUGGACCUCGACCCUCGCCAUUUGCCGCUCCUCGUCGCCAUGCUGAAGCCGAGGUCCUCCAAGAGGUCACGAUCUAGCCGUCAACCGCGGCAUGUGCUCAUAUCACGACUACUGCCCAAGGCUAAUAUCAAGUUUACUAUGCACGAGCCCGUCCUUCGAGUCGCCUUACCCGCAGUCGACCAGCACGCGGCUCCUGACGACUUUGACCUCAUCAUAUCCUCGAUUUCAUCAAUUUCACUCGACAUGGAAUCGUUCCAUUCCACGGUGGAGGACCUGCAUUAUUCGCUCGCUUCAACCAUGAGAAUCCAGUCACACGAACUUUACUAUCAGACGUCAUCGAGUAACCGAUUCGACUUGAUACAGACCGAGUCUUUUGAGCUCAAGGUGCAACUCAGUGCUACUCCAGACGUUCAUGUCGUUGCCUCGGGCAAUCUGCAGACCUUCUCGAUCAAGAUGGUGCGCCCCGAGAUUACCGACGGUCUCAGACAGAUCGUGCGACAGCUGAGGUUGAACGUUGAGCCAGAAAAGCGUUCAAACUCACACACAUCCACCAAGCGGCAGAACUUCCUUCGCGCAAUGCCAUCUUGGUUAUUACAGUUUCAGCUCCAAGCAUCGGAUUUCAGCAUCGAGAUCGCGGGCAUCGAUGAAGACAUCUCGGACGAUACUCGCGGCGUGUCACUGCAACUCGACGAAUUCUCCGCCGAGUAUCGCGCGCAAAGACUCGAGGGGCUUCAACGAAGGCCAUCGAGGCGCAGGGCUAAUAGCCGUACAGUUGCCCCAGACUCAGACCUACUCAAAAGCCCAAUCUCACCUCCUCCAAGGAAGAAGCAGCAGCAGAAUCAUGGUGACGGACGGAGGGUCACGUUUCACGUCCGCGGCCUCGAGGCUUACAUUGUUGAAUCCGAGGACAGGGUCGAGCUGGAGCCGUUUGUCAAUAUGCCGCGGUUCGAGGUUGCCUUCCAAGCUAUGAGUGACCAGCAAGGUCCAAUUUUCCACAUUCAUGCCGGUAUACGGACUGUGCUCCUGCAGUACUCCCUCUUCCGUCACUACUCCGUUGGCGUUGCCAUCAUGAUUCUACGGAAAGCCUUCAUGAGGUCAGGUCAAGAUGUUGGUUCACCGCCAAUGUCACCGACAACGCCGCGGAGAGACGGCAACACCGAUUUCCUGGCCCCUCCAAUGUCGCCAGGGUCUCCCUUUAUCGACAUGAGCGACUACUCCACCUUGACGCCUGAGCUUGUGGCCGUCGACCUCAAAGCGGCCCUCGUGCAAAUCAAGGCCGAACUGCCCAAUGAUCCGCAGUUGAUGGUACAGGUCUAUGGUGUCGAGGCUGGCCGGCAUAGGUGGUCUUCGCCGUAUCUUGCGUCCAAGCUCGUUCGAGUCUACGUCCAACCGCCUAGAAUGCGAGGCACUUGGGCCAGAAUGAUCAGCAUCAAGGGAGGCCGCGUCGACUAUCGCAAAUCCCGGCGCAAGCUGACCAACGGUGAAUUCCAAGAAGACAAAAUGAUUGACGUCAACUCCGACGCUAUCCGAUUCGCUGUACCCCAUGAGGUCCAGGUCAAUAAGAUUUCCGACAAUAUCAUCAAUACACUUAAAUCGAUCAAGCAGCUUCAUCACCGUUUCAAGACGGAGACGAACGAAUACAUUCUCGACAAGGUUCCUGACGGGCCAAAGAACGUCCCAAAGGUCUCUGUGCGGACACGCUCACUGCUCUUUGAGAUGGAAGAUGGCGCUUUUGAGUGGAAGCUGGGAAUGAUAUACCGCGCAGGUAGAGUUGAGCAGAUGCAGAGACUUGCUCGUGAAGAUGCUUUCGAAGUCAAGAGUAAAAAGGUCCGCGAGGAAGAAUCGAGGAAGGAAUCGGGCAAGCUGCGUGCUCGCUCGCUUUUCAACAGGGGACGACAGCAAAACGGUGCUUCAUGGGCCAGGAGCCAAAGCGCAGAUGGCCGACGACCCAGUAGCAGGGACGAACGCUCACGGGGCAGAGCACCACGAUACGACCCCGACGGCGGAGGCGUCGGCCUUACUGGAUCCUCCAAGGUCGCUGAACAGGAAGCGCGGGCAAGAUUGGAUGCUUACAACGCACAGAGUUGGAAGAAACGGAUUGAUAGGUUCUACGUCAUGGCCAAGAACGGCAUGAAGGAGAUUCGAGGUCUAUUCUGGGGCCCUGAUCAGCUUCCUGACGAUCUAGAGGAUACGGAGAACAUACUCGAAGUGCCACAACGGCCCGCACUCGCAUCUGCUCUCAUCACCGAUCUCCAAUUCGUUAUUGACAAACCUACAUUUGCAAUGAAGGAUCUGCCGGACUUUAUCAACUCCGUCGGAAAGGGGAUGCCCAAGGAUAUGAAGUACGGAUUGCUCGUCCCGAUGCAUGUCUCGCUCGAUGUUAGUGAGGCGAGGAUAUCACUGCGCGACUAUCCGCUCCCCUUGAUUCAUAUCCCCAGCUUGAAGGCGGGUCAGUCAACGAGGCUCCCAGCUAUGUCACUCAAGACCAACUUUGUCAUCGCGGAAGAAUUCCGAGGCAUGGAGUCCACCAGGCGGAUCAAAGUCAACAUUGUUCCUCCUCGAACCCACGAGCCCGGCGGUAGCAACGAGGGUGGCUUCGCGAUCGACGUCCGGCGGACCAUUGGACCAGUCAAGUCAUACUCGGAUAUGCGAAUCGAAAUCAACACAGCUCUACCGACAAGAAUCACUUGGGGCCCAGCCUACCAGCCAGCUAUCCAAGACAUGAUGAUGGGUAUCGAAUCCUUCACCAAGCCCCAGAUUGACCUGUCUGAGAGAGUCGGUUUUUGGGAUAAGAUUCGUCUCAACUUCCACUCCAGAAUACACAUAGCGUGGAGGGGCGACGGCGACAUGCACCUGGCGCUCAAGGGUACACGUGACCCGUACUGUGUGACAGGCGACGGCGCUGGUUUCUUGAUGUGCUGGCGCAACGAAGUGAAGUGGAAUAUCAAUGCCGACGACGAUCCGAAGCGAUUCAUGACCGUUGACUCUGGGGAGUACGUUCUUGCGAUACCCGACUACAGCCAUCAGGUCCGAGAAGCUGCGAGACGCACCGGAGAAGACGACAGUCUGAUGAGCGAAGACAGCUACAAGUCCGGGGCAUCCUUCAAAAAGGUGGUGAUGAAGCUCUCCGGCAAGGUACAGUGGAUGGCCGGCAUCGUCUUUGAACGCGCAAUUCAGGACGGAAAACGCAGCUUCGAAUUCCGACCACACUACGAUAUCAUGCUGCGGGCUCCUCAUCAUGUUAAACCAGAGGACCAGCCAUACGAUGCGUUCCGCGGAUUCCGAAGCCAACAUAUCCACUUGUCGAUUGCUGUUCGAGCACCAGUCGACCGUGACUGGAUGGCGAACAACGUCGAACCAUCUAGGAGCUACAACACGGUCCAUUGUACGCCUCGCUUUUUCACUCACUUCUUCGCCUGGUGGUCCCUUUUCGGCGGUGCUAUGGCUUUGCCCGUCCGUCAAGGUCCACUCUGGCCGGGCAGGGAGAGGAAUAGCAAAAAGUUCGGCAAACAUCUCUCUACGAUCAAGUACAGUCUCCUACUGGCACCGCUAUUCCUCAGUCACAUCUACAAGCAUAAGGAUGUUGAAGAUGCUUCGGACAGUGGAGUUUCAGCAACGGGUCUCAAGGUUAGAUUCGACAGCUUCAUGCUAGAUCUACACCAGAGACGGGAGGAGUUCAACACCCGAGACGGCGGUCGCAAGACCAAGGGAAAGACGAGCGGUAUCAAGCUUCAUGCAGCCCAGCUUGACCUGGCGGCGGCCGAUGUUCGUGCUGUUUCGGCCAGCAUACGGGGAACAACAACAGAAGCCAUCAAGAAGGGAACGAUGGCUGACUUAAUUAUAAAUCAACGCGAGGACAGCGCAGACCUGUCACGCUUCACCAUUCCCGACAACGACUUGAGUUGGAUCGACAUGGACGAUUUCGUAGAGUUGGAUUGGAUUCUGCCCACGGAGCCGAACCCCGAUACCAAGAUUCUUCCACUCGCUUUCGCGCCGCGUUUGACAUACUUCCGACAAACUGACAUUGGCGGCGUGAUUGCAGGUGAUCCGGACCGCAAAAGUCCGUUUGGCGACGAGCCGACUCAUUUCUGUAUCAUGAGCCACGAUGACGAACCCAAAAGAGUACAAGCACAGCUUAUUCAAGAGCGUUUGGUACAAUUGGAUGCUCAAAUCGAGAACUACGGCCGCAGCCUUGGGGAAGCCGAACUCAAAGUUGUGCGCGACGACGGCAAGGACCCGAAACUGGUUACGGCGUUUGAGAGUCUCCAGCAGCAGGGCGGCAUCUUGCAAAAGAAGAAAGCUUACCUCCAGAACAUGCUUCGUCAAAUGAACAGCAAAUCGCCGAUAAACGGCAGCAAUCCCUUCAGGAGAGAAAGCGAAAGCAGCAUAUCCGAAGAAUCGGUUGGGCUGGAUAAGGACGACUCUCUCACUAUACCCUCGGGCGCCGAAUUUGAGAGUGAUUUCAACAACCGAUUCGUGAUUCAUAACCUUCACUUCAAAUGGAACAACACUCUCCGAAAUGUUGUGCUUCGUUACAUCCACCAGGUUAGCCAGCGUAGAGGUUUCGUCUACUACUUGUCUCGCCCUGCAGUAAAGUUCAUCCUAGACAUUGUGGAAGAGCAGUACAAAGCAAAGCAAAACCCGAAGCCUGCGAGCAAGAAUAGGACACCCACUGGAGGUGCUACAGCCGGUGCUUCUCCCGACCUCGAUGCUGCAGAGCGCGAGUUCAAACAGGACAUUGAAGAUCGCAUUAAGAACAUUCUAAAGGACGGCAAGAAAUACGUCAACGCUGAUGGAAACGGUGGCGAAGAAGUGCCCAAUGUGCCCAUCGACGACCUGUCAAGCGGUAUCUCAGACGAGUUCACGCCGCAGAACAGCUAUCAUGUUCGACUCAUUGCCCCACAAAUCCAAUUGCAAAGCGACAAGAAUAAAAAGAAUGUUGUCAUUCUCACAUCGAAGGGCAUGGAAUUGAAGGUUGUCGAGGUCAUGGACAAGAAGAGACUUGCCGACGUCGUCAGCGGUCUCGUACAGAGAAGAUUCCUCGUGAACAUGGACAGCACCCAAUUCUUCGUCACUCACCAGUCAUACUUCUCCGAAAUUGUCACGACAUACGCCGGCAGUCGAUACGGUACCCCUGCAACGUCAUCAUGGCCUCCGUGGGUUCCCAUGGAAGUCAUGUUUGACUUUGAGACAGAUCCUUUCGGCUUUAACAGAGUGGUGCAAAAGACGUCCGCUAUGCUCCGCUACGAGAAGUACAAUACUUUACGUCUCAAGUAUAAUGACGAGGUCAAUACCGAGGGCGCUGGUGAUUCUUCCCAACCCAGCAAUGAAAGGAAGAUGGACAAUCUUUGGGUGGAGUUCCCGCAGGCCAGAGCACUAUGCAACUCGGGCGACUACUACGCGAUGUACGUCAUUGUACUGGACCUCCUUAUGUACAAUGAGCCUCUCGAGAAGACACGAACAGAGCGCCUGGAGAAGAUCAUGCUGGCCUCGGACUUUAGCGACCUCAGUGGUACGCCUGAGAUGGUCGAGAGGCUACAAGAGCGCAUUCGACAGCUUCAGGACAUCAAGUCCCACUUCCAAACCUACUCCAAGUACAUGGAUCAGCGUGGCUGGGAGGACAGACUCGUUCUCGAACGAGACCUGGUCGCAUGCGAGGACGAGUUGUUCUUCAUGAUGAAGGCCAUAACGUCUUCACAGCGGAGGUACGAAACGAACUCGGAAAGCAAUGCUCUUCUGAGAUGGAGCAUCACAGCACGAGACACGGUGUGGCAUAUGCUUCGAGACAACAAGGAACCACUGGUCGAGCUGCAGCUCAAGGACGUGGAGUAUGAUCGCACUGACAACGCGGACGGGUCGCACAUCAACUUGAUCAGGGUCGGAAAGGUCUUUGGACUGAACCUUCUCCCCGAUGCCAUGUACCCGGAGAUCAUUGCGCCCUAUGCCGAAGGCGACAAGGGUGACUUGGGCAAUCAAGAGAUGAUUCGAGUAUAUUGGCACAUGCUUGAAGCCAUAGCCGGCAUCCCUGUCAUGGAUCACUUCGAGGUCAACUUGUUCCCCAUGAAGAUUCAACUGGAGCGCGAGAUUGGAAAGAGGGUCUUUGAGUACAUCUUCCCGGGUAUCGACGGUGACAACAAGAACAAGAACGACUCUCCCUUUAUGCUCAAACACCAGCCUGCCGAGGACGACGAGGAAGACGACGACUCAAUGUCUGGCUCUGGUCGUCUGACGGCUAGCGAUAAGGAUGGAUUCAGCACACGGCCGGGUUCGCUGGAACUGCGCCUGCACCCAACCCUGAACUCUGACUCUCCGACGAAGUCAAUAAGCAGCAAAAAGUCUCUCACGGUCAACACGGGCGAGGGUCAGGGCCACACGUUCCGUCUCUUCCGGUCGGUCGGUACUGGCAAGGUUCCAACCAAAAAGCCUUCUUACGAGUCACUCAGGUCAACAAAGGAACCUCGUCCCGGAAUCGGCCGUUCGUCAACCGGCUUCUCCUCGAAGGAAAGCUCGGCUCCCGGCGAUAAAAAGUCGCGCUUUGGCCGGCGCAAGGAGUCAAAGACGGAAGACGGGAAGGCGUCUGACGACCUUACCAAGAUGAUGUCGCGCGCCAGCAACUACAUGACCUUUGCGCACAUCAAGAUGCCCUCGGUGGUGCUCUGCCUCAGCUACAAGGGCAAGGACAACCGCAACGUCGAGGACGUGCACGACUUUGUAUUCCGCAUGCCGGCGGUCGAAUGGCGCAACAAGACAUGGUCCAACCUAGACCUGGCCCUUGCUCUGAAGAAGGCCGUCAUCAAGGCCCUCAUCUCGCACACGGGCGCCAUCAUUGGUAACAAGUUUAAGCACCGCCCGAGUAAUCCACAAGCCAGCAAGCUCCGCGAACUAGCCAGCGGGUCGUCGCUCAUCGCGCCCACGCCUUCGUCGUCGUCCCAGCAUGACGCCGAGAGCAUUAACAACAGCGACGACUCGUCGAGCUUGUACGGCAACUCGCCGGUAGACUACUCCCGCUCACCACCGCGCUCGCAUCACGGCAGCUCGGCCAGCAGCAUUCCCAUUCCGCGUCCCACCAGUCGGAGUUCCAGCGUCGCGAGCGGCCUCUCCCGUCGCACGGGCGAGUCGAGCUACCAGCCACAGCAGCCCGUCGUCCCCAGCUUCCUCAUGAUGACGCCGCCAACGCCACUCGACAGCCGGACGCCGACGCAGGGGCUGGGCUUUGAGCUGCUGCGACCUUCCAGUCGAAGUAGCUUGGCACCAUUCGAUCAGGCUGGUGGCGGGACGAUUCGAUCGCUUUCACGGUCUGGGACGGGCGCGGAGUCUGGGGAGCCGAGGAGGUCGGCGGGGAGCGGGUUCCUGAGGGAUAAACUGAAUGCGCUGACGCAUCGGAAGCGUGAUGGGUCGCAGAGGGAGGGGAGUCCACGGGAGGAGACGCCGGAGCGAGAGGAGGAUCCGAGUGCUGCCGCGGCAAUAGCGGCGGCGGCAGCAGCGGCGGCGGCGGCGGUGGUGCCGGAGAGUCCCAAGGGUACGAAGCGGUUUCCUGGCCUGAGCCGGGUAAAGACGGGGUCAUAG